AUGAAGCUUGUCAUUUCUUAUGGUGGGACGACGAUUCCAGCCGAAAUUCUCAAUGAAGAAGCCGAUACGAAAAUUCUAACGUUGGGCGAGUUGCGAGAAUUCAUCGCUGAUGCGCACAAAUUCGAUAAGAACACUAUGAAAGUGCUGCAUCGAGGCAAAGUUUUACAAGGCGACGACGAUUUGCCUUUGGACAAAUUUGGAUUCAAAGACGGCGAUAAAUGCAUUAUAAUGGGCGGUAAAAAAGCGCAGGAAGAUCCUGGCUUCUCGCAGCUUGUGCAAUACGAAAAACACAAUCUUUGCCAUUUGCAAAAGAAUCUCGACGAUAUUCGACGCGAUUUGACCGAAAUGGAGAAAAAUUAUCUCGACGAAGCGAAACAGCGCGAGUUGAUCAAGAAAAUGGAUAAGCGCAUCAAAUGCUUCAAUGAGGAAUCCGAGAGGCAUUUAGAAAAUCUCGACGGUUUGAAAAUUAUAAAAGAUGACACGACACCGCCGCAGGCUCAAAGAAAUCGCGAGAAGAGAAAAGCGUUGAUUGGCGGUAUUCAAACGCUUCUCAAUCAUAACGACGCGUUCUCAAGACGUCUUGAAGAGUACACAAAGAAGUUGGAUGGAGAAAUAGUCGAAUGA